AUGGAUUGCUUUGAGAAUGGAAAGUUUGGCACUCAGACAGGCUCCCAGCAGCGCCGGGACAGCAGUGCCUGUCAGGUGAAUGAGGCUGACAGACCUGUCAAACGUCUCAGAAGGAAGAGGAAGCUGCUUCUGGAGUCUGAGGAUGAUGGGGAAAACGCAGAUGAGGAUGAGGAGAAGAAUAAAUCAAAUAAUAAGAAAAGCCGCAGAAACACUAAACCAAUAAAACAAGUUGCUCCUGGAAAAAAGAAGGUAUGGAACUGGGCUUCCUACUUAGAAGCAGAACGGAUGCCAGCUGCUCCCCUCAAACUCUUCAGAGAGUAUCAGUCAUUCCCACAAGGCCGAAAUGGAUUUAAAGUUGGAAUGAAAUUGGAAGGACUGGAUCCAGAACACCCCUCUCGAUUCUGUGUUCUCACAGUGGCUGAGGUACAAGGGUACAGAAUGCGGUUACACUUCGAUGGGUACCCAGACUGCUAUGACUUCUGGGUGAAUGCUGAUUCCUCAGACAUCCGUCCUGUUGGCUGGUGUGAAAAAACCAGUCACAAGCUGCUCCCUCCUAAAGGUUUCAAGUCGUCAGAAUUUAAUUGGACUUCCUAUUUGAAGAAUUGCAAAGCUCAUGCUGCUCCAAAAAGCCUUUUUAAGACCUUCAGCUCUCCUGUCACACCCUCUGGUUUUCGUGUGGGGAUGAAGCUGGAGGCUGUGGACAGGAAGAACCCUUCGCUGAUGUGCGUGGCGACGGUGGCGGACGUGCUGGAGAGCCGCCUGCUCAUCCACUUCGACCGCUGGGACGAGGCCUACGACUACUGGUGUGAAGCCAGCAGCCCAUAUAUCCGUCCUGUCGGCUACUGCCAAGAAACUGGAACCCUACUGACAAUACCACCUGGCUACAAGGAUUCCAGUGACUUCUCAUGGGGGAAAUAUUUGAAGGAAACUAAUUCCCAGGCAGCCCCAGCAAGAGCAUUCAAACUGCGUCCUCCUCAUGGAUUCCAAGUUAAUAUGAAGUUAGAGGCUGUGGACAAAAGAAAUCCCAUCUUGAUGAGAGUAGCAACAGUAAUUGACAAAGACGACCAUCACAUUAAGAUCCAUUUUGAUGGUUGGGACCAUAUUUAUGAUUUCUGGGUCGAUGCAGACAGCCCUGACAUCCACCCAGUGGGCUGGUGUGCAAAGACUGGACACAUUUUGCAAGUCCCUCUAGAUGCUGUUGAUCAAACAGGAACAGGGGGACAAACUUGUCCUACUCCAGGCUGCCACGGGAUCGGCCACGUCAAGGGACCACGCUACGGAGCCCAUUAUACAUUAGUUGGCUGCCCAUAUUCUGAUGUGAACCUCAACAGAGAAAACCAGUUACCAGACCGCCUGACUGGGGAGAAACCUUCCCCUAGCAAUGGCAUCCAGAAAGCCAAGAACCUGGAGACUCCUCCCCCACUGCAGCUGGGAGCAGAAGUCUCUUCUCAGAAGGAAUCUCCACAAUCCAGAAAAUCUGCACAAGACACUGAGAAGUCAUGUGAAAGCAGCAUUCACAGCCUGCCAGAAAAGCCUAAGAAGACUCGGAAGAGAAGCUGGGGAGUAGAGGAUUCCUCUGCAGACCCCAAAGCCAAAAAGAAAAAGCUUCAGGACUCGCCUGACUCUCUAAAGUUGAAGCUGGGGAAAAAGGAAACCAAUGAGAAAGACCCCGGGGUGGAUCUCCAGCAGUCCCUCCACCAGUCCAUCUUCAUGCCUUCCCUGGACUCUGACCCAGCCCAUCACCUCAAUCUCUGCUGGGACAAGUACUGCAAGAUCUUGCCAGAGGUCUCGGGCCUCACAGCCAAACUCGUGGCCAAAUGGACUGUGGAAGAGGUUGCAAACUUCAUCCAGCGUUUACCCGGCUGCAAGGAACAAGCCUCUGUUUUCAGGGAUGAGCAGAUAGAUGGUGUGGCCUUCCUGCUCCUGAACCAGAGCGACAUCAUCAAAAUACUCAACAUCAAGCUGGGCCCUGCCCUGAAGAUCUACAAUGCCAUCCUCAUGCUGAAGCAUGCAGAAGACAACUAA